CCUCAGGGCAGCAGCAUUGAUCCACAGACGAGCAACACAAGGACAGACACAGACCUUUGGGAAUUUAAACAUCUUAGAACAACAAGAUUUCUGUUGCUGUGUAUUUGAUUUAGAAACUGGAUUUACAUGAUGGCUAAGUCAGGUCUGUCCAGUGGAGAGCAAUGCAUCAAAUACAUCCUAUUCGGCUUUAAUUUCAUAUUUUGGCUUGCAGGUACUGGAGUUUUAGCUGUCGGUCUAUGGCUGCGUUUCGAUGAAAGAACUAAAGGAAUCUUCACUGGAGAACAAUCCCCAUCUGUGUUCCUCACAGGGGUCUACAUCCUCAUUGUGGCUGGUGCCAUCAUGAUGGUGGUCGGGUUCCUCGGCUGCUGUGGAGCAAUAAAAGAAUCGCCUUGCAUGCUGGGACUGUUCUUUAUAUUCCUGCUUAUCAUCUUUGCUGCAGAGGUGGCCGCUGGCAUCUGGGGAUUGUCCAAUCAGGAGAAGAUCGUGAGAGAUCUCCAGCAGUUCUACACGGAGACAUUAAGCAAGUACAAAGAAACCAAACAGGAAGCACUGAGAGAAACUCUGCGAGCCAUUCACUAUGGACUGAAGUGCUGUGGAACAACAGGAACCUUUUUAGAUGCAUCAUCUGACAUCUGUCCCAAAAAGGAGGGACUUGAAAUCCUUGUCACACAGAACUGCCCUGCUGCUAUAGAUGAGAUCUUCACUUCUAGGCUUCAUGUGAUCGGAGGAGUUGGGAUUGGUAUUGGUGUGAUUAUGAUCUUCGGCAUGAUCUUCAGCAUGCUGCUGUGCUGUGCCAUCCGACGAACCCGGGACAUCGUAUGAUCUGCCAUUGCCGCUGCAGCCUGUCUUCUGCUCUGUAUUUAUCUGUGUUUGUAAAGGUGUGUGUGAGCGUGUACGUGUUUGGAAAAUCACUCUGAUAAACUUCUAACGAAACCCAGCAUUAGUCAAGCACUCUCAACUGUUACAUGCAUGCGUUGAGUGGAAAAAUAAAUUGCGCUAGAGGCUGUUUUUAAUUUCUUUGGUGUUUUUUGAAUAAUGUUCAUUUGCUUCUUUGAGUGUACUUGUAAGCUUCUGGCAUUCUUUUGUAACGUUUUACAUGGCCUAUUUUAUGUACCCACAUGGGUGUGUGGAGAGAGUAACGCCUACUGUAGUAAAAUACCAAUAAAGUUGAUAACUAAUUGA